AUGCCUAUGUUUCAAGAUGCUAACACUAUAAGCAGUGGCCAUGAUAGCUACGGACUCCAUAAUUCUGCUGGAGUUCCAAACAGAUUUUUGGUAGUCGCGAGGAACUGUCCAUUAGGAUACACACGAAAAUUAUUUCAGACCGUCCCAUUUCAACAGGUUUCUCCUUUCAGCGGUGGAGAUGAACGCGUGCCUCUAGUAACACAGUACCAACAGAACCGCACACACGUACCAGCUGAAACUGAAAACACAGUUUCACUGACGUUCCCGUCAUUACCUGACACCGCUCCGUACAACGGGAAGACGCGGCAUGCGAAACUAUUAAUAGACCGCGUGUAUCGGAUACCGCUCUGA